CGAAAAGAUCCUCAUCAAAAGGGAGAUUUUCUCGACCUUAUUCUGGUGAAAGAAAAUGGCGGAACAAUUGCUACUUCAUGGAACUCUUGAAGUAAAGAUCUAUAGGAUCGAUAAGUUGCAUCAACGUUCAAGAUUCAAUUUAUGCGGCAAGGGAAACAAGGAGCCAAUGGGUAAAAAGACUCAAUCCCAAAUGAAGAGACUAACGGACUCAUGCACAAAUAUGUUUGGUGGACAUCUCUACGCAACGGUUGACCUAGACAGGUCAAGGGUGGCUCGAACCAUGAUGAGACGUCAUCCUAAAUGGUUACAAUCUUUCUAUGUCUACACCGCACACUCAAUCUCUAAAAUCGUAUUCACGGUCAAAGAAGAUGAACCGGUUGGUGCUAGUUUGAUCGGUCGAGCUUACUUACCUGUCACCGAAGUCAUCACGGGACAACCUAUAGACCGAUGGCUCGAUAUCUUAGACGAGAACAGGAGACCAAUCCAAGCAGGUUCCAAGAUCCAUGUCCGUGUGAAGUUCACUCACGUGACACAGGACGUGAACUGGAACAAAGGAAUCAUAUUACCUUCUUUCAAAGGAGUUCCUAACGCGUUUUUUAACCAAAGAGAAGGUUGCAAAGUUACUCUUUACCAAGACGCUCACGUUCUUAGUGAAUACCCUGAUAUUAAACUCUCGGGAGGACAAGUUAUAUUUAAGCAUCAUCGGUGUUGGGAAGAGAUUUUCGAUGCGAUAUGGAAUGCAAAACAUUUGAUAUACAUAGCUGGUUGGUCAGUGUACACUAACAUAACAUUGGUUAGGGAUCCUAAACAAUCAAGAACGGGAGGGAACCUUAAGCUAGGUGAAUUGUUGAAGAAGAAAGCAGAAGAAAACGUGACCGUUCUGUUGCUUGUGUGGGACGAUAGAACGUCUCACGAAGUGUUUAGGAGAGAUGGUUUGAUGAUGACUCAUGAUCAAGAAACUUACGAUUACUUUAGGAACACGAAAGUGCGUUGCGUUCUAUGUCCAAGGAACCCGGAUAAUGGUGAGAGCAUUGUGCAAGGGUUCGAGGUAUCUACAAUGUUUACUCACCAUCAAAAGACGAUUGUGGUGGACGGUGAAGUGGAUGGGUCAAGAACCAAGAGAAGGAUAGUGAGUUUUCUUGGAGGUAUUGAUCUUUGUGAUGGGAGAUAUGACACUGUGGAGCAUCCUUUGUUUGGUACUUUGAAUGGUGUUCAUGCUAAUGACUUUCACCAGCCCAACUUUGAUGGCGCAUCGAUUAAAAAAGGCGGUCCACGUGAGCCAUGGCACGAUAUCCAUUGCAAGGUGGAUGGUCCUGCCGCGUGGGAUGUUUUAUACAAUUUUGAGCAAAGGUGGAUGAAACAAGGUAGUGGUAGAAGGUACCUUGUAUCAAUGGCACAGCUCGCAGAGAUCACGGUUCCACCACUUCCUAUUGUACAGCCAGACAAUGAAGAUGGCUGGACGGUUCAAGUAUUCCGGUCCAUAGAUAAUGGUGCAGUUGAAGGGUUCCCAGAGGAUCCACGUGAAGCUUCAAGCAUAGGACUUAUAACCGGGAAAGAUAACGUGAUCGAAAGAAGUAUACAAGACGCGUAUGUUAAUGCCAUAAGGAGAGCCAAGCACUUCAUCUACAUAGAGAACCAAUAUUUUCUUGGAAGCUCCUUUGGAUGGAACUCUAGAGAUAUCAACUUGAAUGAGAUCAAUGCAUUACAACUCAUUCCCAAAGAAAUUUCUCUCAAAAUCGUGAGCAAGAUCGAGGCAGGCGAGAGGUUUUCCGCGUAUAUUGUGAUACCGUUAUGGCCUGAAGGUAAACCUGGCUCUGCCUCGGUUCAAGCAAUACUAGACUGGCAAAGGAGAACAAUGGAGAUGAUGUAUACUGAUAUCAUCAUUGCGUUACGCAAGAAAGGUUUAGAUGCAAAUCCUAGAGACUACCUAGCGUUUUUCUGCCUCGGGAACCGCGAAGUCGGCAAAGCGGGUGAAUACUUGCCUCCGGAGAAACCAGAGCCCAAUUCUGAUUACGCAAGAGCUCAAGAAUCUCGUCGGUUCAUGAUCUAUGUUCACUCUAAAAUGAUGAUUGUUGAUGAUGAAUACAUAAUAAUAGGAUCAGCCAAUAUAAACCAAAGGUCUAUGGAUGGAGGUCGAGACUCGGAGAUCGCUAUAGGAGCAUACCAACCUAGCCAUCUACUAUCUACUAAUGAUAUGAGACCAACGGGCCAAGUUUUUAGCUUUAGGAUAUCACUAUGGCUAGAACAUCUACGAAUCACAACUAACCCGUUUCAAUGCCCGGAAAGCGAAGAGUGUAUAAGAAUGGUAAUUGCAAAGGCAGACGAGCUAUGGGGAUUAUACUCAGCACAAGAGUACCCUCUAGAUCAUGAUUUACCAGGGCAUUUGCUUAGUUAUCCUAUGAGCAUUGGUAGCAAUGGGGAAGUAACAAAUCUUGCUGGCACUGAGUUCUUUCCUGAUACUAAUGCAAAGGUCGUAGGAGAAAAAUCUACUUAUCUUCCUCCAAUCCUCACUUCUUAGGUGAUAAUGUAACACUUUCAUUGUAUACUCUUUAGAAUGUGUUAUUUAUUUCGAUUUAUAGCUAUGUUUAUGCA